AUGGCGUUUUUAGUGAUCUUGUGCUCUUUAGUAAUUCUUGCGGAAUAUCCCAUAUGGUGUCGGGAAUAUGAAGAAUGCCGGGGCAUUAAUAAGCCCGAUAUUGUGGUGGCAAGUAAGAGAAGUUGUGCCAAAUAUAUAUUUUGUGAUGGUGAAAAUUCCUACGAAGGUGAAUGUUUAGCUGGCAAUUAUUUCAACGAAAUGGCGGCCAUUUGUGAUGAUCCGGAAAAUGUUGAAUGUACUAUUGAAAAUAAUGAUGAUGUUAAAAGUAUUUAUGAUGAGGAUUUUAAUCAUAAAGAAAGCGAAAUGGAAAUCGAAACGCCAAACAAUGAAGACGAUGACAAUGGUGAUGUUGCUGAAAAUGGGGAUAGUGAAAAUUUAUCGUAUACGGAAAUUGAAGAAAUUGAUGAAACUGAUCUGGAGGAAACUAAAGUGAAUGAGUUGAAUGUGGCUGGUGAAACGCAAGAGCAAAGUUAUCCAAAAUGUCCGCAACUUAAUGGUUUUCAAAAUAUCAAACAUAUUGCAAAUCCCGAAUCUUGUGUGGCGUUUUACACCUGCUACAAUGGUCACGCCAUACCCAUGCUGUGUCCGAGUAAAAUGUAUUUCAACGAAGAGUCUGGCAAGUGUGAAAAACAAAUGCCCCAAAGUUGCAAGCUGAAAUAUUCGGUGCGUUUAAAUUGCCACAAGGGAGUGUACGAUUUUGUGCCGCAUCCUCAUCGCUGUGAAUACUAUUUUUAUUGCCUCAAUGGCUAUUUAAUGAUUAUGCGUUGUCCGUAUGACUUCACCUGGCAUUAUGAACGUGGUACUUGUGUUCACAAAUCUAAAUCGAAAUGUUAUUUCGAAAAAUCUGUUAUCUAUAACAAUGAUAAUUAA